AUGAUGUUGUCUCGUCGUGCGUGCUACAAGUGUGGCAACAUUGGCCACUAUGCGGAGGUAUACAGAGGUCUGCUCGUCCUCGGAGCGUCUCUGCUACAACUGCAAGCAGCCCGGUAUGUCCCUCAACUUUCCCCCGCAAACAACUCGUCUCAUGCAUUUCCAACAGGCCACGAGUCUAGCGGCUGCCCUCUUCCCCGGACCACCGAGACCAAGCAGUGCUAUAACUGCCAGGGCCUCGGCCAUGUCCAGGCUGACUGCCCCACCCUCCGCCUGAAUGGCGCCAACGGCCGCUGCUACAACUGCAGCCAGCCCGGCCACCUGGCCCGCAACUGCACCAACCCCACCGCCCCUGGCGCUGGCCGUCCCACCGGCCCCCGCGGUGGCUUCCAGGGCGCCCGCGGCGGCUUCAGCGGCUACCCUCGCGCCGCGACCUGCUACAAGUGCGGCGGGCCCAACCACUUCGCCCGCGACUGUCAGGCCCAGGCCAUGAAGUGCUACGCUUGCGGCAAGCUCGGUCACAUCUCCCGCGACUGCACCGCCCCCAACGGCGGCCCGCUCAGCUCCGCUGGUAAGGUUUGCUACAAGUGUGCUCAGGCUGGCCACAUCUCCCGCGACUGCCCGACCAACGCCGAGGCUGCGUCCGCCCCGGCCCCAGUCGUUGAUGCGGCCGUCGCUGCCGCCCCUGUCGCCUCUGCUGCGGCCGUCGCUGCCGCCCCUGUCGCCUCUGCUGCGGCCGUUGCGGCUGUCGCUGCGGUCGAGGCCGGCGCCGAGACUGCGCCUGUUGCGCCUGCGGCUCCGGCUACCGCUGUCGCAUAA